AUGCCCACAUCUCUCGACCUUCUCAAACAGACCGGAACCGUUGUUGUCUCUGACUCCGGUGAUUUCGAAUCAAUCGACGUUUACAAGCCACAGGAUGCUACCACAAACCCAUCCUUGAUCUUGGCUGCUGCCAACAAGCCAGGAUAUUCCCGCCUCAUCGAUGCCGCCGUCAAAAUCGGCAAGAGCAAGGGCGGUGACCUCGAGCAGCAAACUGAUGCUGCUAUGGACCGUCUGCUUGUCGAAUUUGGCAAGGAGAUUCUUGCUAUCAUCCCUGGCCGUGUAUCGACUGAAGUCGAUGCUCGUCUUUCCUUUGACAAGGAGGCCACAAAAGCCAAGGCUAAGGAGCUCAUUGCCCUCUACGAGUCUGUUGGUAUCAAGAAGGAGCGUGUUCUCAUCAAAAUCGCAGCGACAUGGGAGGGUAUCCAAGCCGCUCGUGAACUCGAGCGUGAUGACAACAUCCACUGCAACUUGACCCUUCUUUUCGGUUUCGGCCAGGCUGUCGCUUGCGCUGAGGCAGGUGUCACCCUCAUCUCGCCCUUCGUCGGUCGUAUCCUCGACUGGUACAAGAAGUCGACGGGAAAGACCUACGAGGGUGAUGCCGACCCUGGUGUCCAAUCUGUGAAGAAGAUCUUCAACUACUACAAGCAACACGGCUACAACACCAUCGUCAUGGGCGCUUCCUUCCGUAACAUUGGCGAGAUCAAGGCCCUCGCUGGUGUUGACUUCCUCACUAUCGCCCCCGCACUGCUUGAGGAACUCAAGAACUCCACCGCGCCCGUUCCCAAGAAGCUCGACGCCCGUGCUGCUGCACAAGCCGAUCCCUUACCCAGGGUCUCUUUCGUCGACAACGAGGCUGAGUUCCGCUGGGCCCUUCUCCAGGACUCGAUGGCAUUUGACAAGUUGCACGAGGGUAUCAAGAAGUUUGCUGAGGAUGGCGAGACGCUCAAGGAGCUCCUCCGCCAGAAGUUGCGUGCUUGA